AUGACUGCCUUCAAGGACAUCUGGACUCAGGAGUUCUGGCGCUGCGUCAGUGCUGAGUUCUUCGCUAUGCUGCUCUUCGUUCUGCUCGGCCUCGGGUCAACCAUCAAUUGGGGGGCUAUCGCGGAGGACCCCCGUCCCGCUGACCUAGUGCUCAUCUCGCUCUGCUUUGGCCUGAGUAUCGCCACCAUGGUUCAGUGCUUCGGCCACAUCAGCGGGGCUCACAUUAACCCAGCGGUCACAGCAGCCAUGGUGGUGACCAGGAAGAUCAGUCUGUCUAAAGCUAUCUUCUACAUACUGGCCCAGUGUUUGGGGUCCAUUGUGGGGGCCGCCAUUCUGUACGGCAUCACUCCAGCCUCUGUCAGGGGCGGCAUGGGGGUCACCACGGUGCAUACAAGCAUCUCCGUGGGCAGCGCAUUGGUUGUGGAACUCUUCAUCACCUUUCAGCUGGUCUUCACUGUGUUUGCUACCUGCGACCACAAACGCAACGACCUAAAGGGUUCUUCUUCUCUGGCUAUCGGCCUGUCUGUGGUUAUUGGUCACCUGUUUGCUAUUCCCUACACUGGAGCCAGUAUGAACCCCGCACGGACCUUUGGCCCAGCCAUGGUCACAUGGAGCUGGGAUCACCAGGUGUACUGGGUGGGGUCCAAACCUGGUGGGACUCUGGCUGGCCUGUAUGUAUACAUGUUCUGUCCAGACCCGGAGAUGAAGACAAAUUACUCUGAGGACCUUCGUCCACACUCCCCCUCCACCCUACUCUGA